CAAAUCAGGAAAACGAAGUUACUGGGAGAAAACGGCGAAAAUCAGUAGCCCUCGGCACUUAGAGCCCUCGGCACUAAGGAGGUCCCCGGUACUUAGAGCCCUCGGCUAAUCAUCUACAGCCGAGGGCAUCUUUUCCGACAUAAUAUCCGGUCCACAUGCGCAUGGAUCACCGUACCAAGUACGACGUCACAUCCAACAGCCGCAUUAAAUGCGGCCACAUGCGAUUGCCAGCGCCAACCAGUUGAGGUGACCCCUCGGCCAAUGGAUGCUUGACACGUGUCCCUGUCUGGCAUUUAUUGCUACUAUAAAUAGCACCCCAUUUCCCCGUUGUAAACCACACUCAAAAGCCUUAACUUACAUAUUAAAUACACUUUCUCUCUCUUACUUGCUCUGACUUCUCUCUAGCUAUUCCCCGUAAUAACCCCUCAGAUAGAUACCCCCCGGGUACACUUAUCCAUCAUUUGGUGCUCUCGUUGAGAGGUCGAACAAUCAAGUAAGAAACCCUCCCCCUCGACCAAACACAAAACACCUAGCUAAAAUGGUGAGAACAACUCGUGCCAACUCCAAGAAUGUCGAGGACAGGAACCUGGCCCUCGGCGAGAUCGACGUCCCUGAAGCCUCUAACAGGGCUCCCGGGGGCGGCGUCAUCGCCGGGUUGGACCAGACGGUUGUCGACCUACGCCAUCAGAUUCAACAGAAUGCCCCCGAUGCCCGCCUCGGCAUCGAGGCCAAGAAAAAGGACCGGAGCGAGAACCAAAUUAGCCCUCCAGUCAUCACAAUCGACGUACAAUCGGCGUUUUCCGCCUUCAUCCAGACGCUCACCCAGAACCCGGGUGCCUUCGGCACUUUGGUUCCCUUCCAACCUCAGGUCGGGGAGAAUGUCAUGCCUCCCCCUCAUCCACACCCCCUCGGGAACCCAGUCCUCCGAAUUGGGAACGUCGAGGGGGUCGUGGCCCAAGAUACGGUCUCCCAGGAAGUCCAAUCCCAGGAUCGCCACAACGCAAACAAAGAGCAACUCCGGACCUCCGCCCUCGAGAGACUCGGAGGGGCGCAAGACCGCCGAGGGGUCCAAGACCGCCUCGGGGGGAAGGCGUUCCAGAGGCCUCAGGAAAGUGGCGGAUCCGUCUCCAGGGCCAACGAAAGGCGUCUCCCUCAGGACAAAGGCAAGGCACCUCUCCAUGCCGACGACGCCUGCCACCAAAUCAACCAGGCCCACUCGGCCCGUGUCCAUUCGCAGGGGGCGGAGGCCCUCCCGAAGGACCCCCAGGACGAAAUCAUUGCGGCCCUCCAGCGCCGGCUCGAUGAGAUGGAGGCCACCAAAGCGCACGCCACCACUUCUGCCCCUCAUACAGACCUCAAGUAUGAGGCCAUGUUGGCCAAGAUGGAGGAAAUGCAGAGGAAGAUAACCGAGGGCUCCGGGGAACCCACCAUACAGCUCCGGACCCGGACGCCUUUCACCCCAAGGGUAUUGGUGGCCCGAAUCCCGAAGAAAUACCGAGGGCAGCUCAUCAAGCCCUACGAUUGAAAAACUGACCCCCAGGAGCACUACAGCAGAUACCAAAACAGCAUGAUGAUGGUGGGGGCAUCAGAUGAGUAUUUGUGCCGCUGGUUCCUCUCCACCUUAGAGGGGCCGGCGUACGAAUGGUUCAAUCGAUUGCCCGAGGGCUGCAUUGACUCAUGGCAAGAACUUGCCCAACGAGUCUUGACGCAGUUUGCGGGAAGGCGCCGCACAAGAAAACACUUCUCCCACUUGCUGAUAGUGAGGAAGAGGAAGGAGGAGACCCUUCGGGACUUCUUGGAGCGCUGGAGGACGGAGGCUGAUAAAGUUGAUGGCGCUGAUGACGGGACCCUCCUGGCCCUCCUCCAAACAGUACUCCCCCCGGGAACUUCUCGAGGAGCCUCAUCAUCGAACCCCCCGUGAUUAUAUAAGGGCCCUACAACGGGGGGACCGGUAUGCCGAAGCCGAGGAGGUGGACAAAUGCCAUCACGUCCCGGAUCAGCAAUGCCCUCGGCCAGACGACAAAGGCAACCGGGGGCCGGGGGCCCCCCGUAAUCAACCCAAAGAUUCUGCCCCCUCCGGUGAUCGCCCCCGGCACGGCCAAGCCAAGCCCGGGGAGGCUACAAGGGGAACCCGAGGGCUUGGGCACAACCUGUUCUCCUGGAGCACCCUCGGACACCCUUGACGCACCCCGUCAGCGUCAUUAUUGAUUUCGCUGAGGAGAGGGGCCUGGUGGAGCGAGAUUCCCGCGCACCCCCGGAGGUAUAUGCCAUCAAUCCAAACUACCCCUACUGUCGCUUCCACCGGCAUCAAGGACACAUAACUGAUGACUGCCAUCAGUUGAAGACGGCCAUCGAAAGAUUAAUACAGGUGGGCCAUUUGUCCCAAUUUAUUCAAGGCCCUCAGCAACAGGGCCCCCCUCACCAAGGGCCACCCCGAGGGAAAACUGCGAGAGCAAAUGCAUGGGUCAACCCCAACACCAUCCCCCUCGGUAAGAAGAGGGAGAUUGGGAACUUGGAAGAAGAGGAGGAGGAGUACCCCCGGUACCAAGAAAAGAAGCGCCACAUCCUCAUGAUCACCGGGGGCAAUACCGGGGGUGACUCUACAAGUCAACGAAAAAAGUGGGCUCAGUCACUUUACGUGGGGGAAGUCACUCAUAUGCCCCCAGUAAAGCGGCUAAGGGAGGAACCCAUCACCUUCACUAACGCUGAUCUCCCCUCAGUGUCCUCCCCACACAGGGAUACCCUCGUCAUCCGCGCAGAGAUCAAUGACACUAUAAUUCACCGGACUUACAUUGACACGGGCAGCUCCGUCAAUGUAAUGUACCUCAGUACCUUCAGAGAGCUGCAUCUGGAGAGGGGGUCCCUUCGGCCCAUCAAGACCCCUCUUACCGGCUUCACCGGCGACACCAUUGAUUGCGAGGGGGUUAUAACCCUCCCGGUACUCUUCGGCGACGGGCUCCAUAGAUCCAAGCUCGAGGUGGAGUUCGUCGUCUUCAACAUCGACUGCGCCCACAACAUCAUCCUCGGCCGGCCGGCCCUCGAGGAUCUCGAAGCCGUCAUCUCCAUGAGGCACCUCUGCCUCAAGUUCCCGGCCGAGGGGGGAAUCGGUUACUCAAGGGGGAACCAAAAACUUGCCCGCGCUUGCUACCUCCAAGUAACAAAGAAGGUUAGCAAGACGGAGUUCCGCGUUGACACCAUCACCGGAACUGUGGUAGCGGAAGAAAGGAGGCCGAUGGCUGAACCAGCCGAGGAGGUAGAAGACUUCGCGCUCGAUCCGGCCAAGCCGGAGAGAGUCGUGAAGAUUGGAGCCAAGCUCCCUGAAGACUUGAAGACCAGCAUCAUCAGCGUCCUCCGCGCCUACUCCAUCGUUUUUGCAUGGGGUUCGGAGGACAUGCUGGGGAUCAGCCGAAGGGUCAUCACCCACCACCUCUCGGUGGACCCUUCGGCCAAACCAGUGCAGCAGCGGAGGAGACCCCUCUCGGCCGAGAGGAGGGGAUUUAUGAAGAAGGAGGUCGCCAUGCUCCUCUCUAUCAAGCACAUCAAGGAGGUAAAGUACCCCUCAUGGUUGGCAAACGUGGUCCUUGCACAAAAACCGCCCUCAUUCCGCAUGUGCGUGGAUUACACGGAUCUCAACAAGGCGUGUCACAUGGACCCCUUUCCUUUGCCAAACAUUGAUCAACUCGUAGAUGAAACCGCAGGAUGUGAAAUCAUGUCAUUCCUCGACGCAUUCCGCGGAUAUCAUCAAAUAUUUAUGCAUGAGGAAGACGCUGAAAAAACAGCCUUCAUGACCCCCGAGGGCAUUUUCUGUUACCUUGUCAUGGCCUUCGGCCUAAAAAACUCAGGUGCCACCUACACUCGGAUGGUGGCUAGGGUAUUUCAAGCUGUCCUAGGGUGUACCAUGGAGGCGUAUGUUGAUGACAUGAUCGUCAAAAGCAAGCAAUCAGCAAGCCAUGCUGACGACCUGAGGGAGAUCUUCGCCAUCAUGCAGAAAUUCAACCUUCGGCUAAACCCAAAGAAGUGUACCUUCGGCGUUCAAGGGGGCAAAUUCUUGGGCUACAUGGUGAGCCGAAGGGGUAUCGAGGCCAACCCCGAGAAGAUCCAGGCCAUCAUCAACAUGGAGCCCCCACGCAACGUAAAGGAGGUCUAACGAUUGACGGGCCACCUGGCAGCCCUCAAUCGCUUCUUAUCAAAAUCGGCGGAGAGGUCCUUACCCUUCUUCCAGAUCAUGAGAAAAACCACCGGUUUUCAGUGGACUUCAGAGUGUCAGGGGGCCUUCGAGGAACUGAAACGGUACUUAUCUUCACCCCUUGUGCUCUCUAAACCCAAGGUGGGGGAGAUCCUAUACCUUUACCUGGGUGUUAGCCCGGCAGCCAUCAGCUCAGUACUCAUCCGGGAGGAGGAGGGCAUCAAACAUGCCAUCUUCUAUGUUAGCAAGACCCUCAGGGAAGCAGAACUCCGGUACUCCCCCGUGGAAAAAACGGUGUUGGCUAUCGUAUGGACCGUCAAGAAGUUGGGCCAUUACUUCCAAGCUCACCCGGUCCAGGUCCUCACUCACCAACUCCUCGACGCCUUGAUGAGGAGCCCCACCAGCUCCUCCCGAAUGGUAAAAUGGACUGUCUUCUUGAGCCAGUACAACAUCGACAUCUGUCCUAGGCCCGCCAUCAAGGGCCAAGCCUUAGCGGACUUCGUAACAGAAUGUACGGCAAGAUCAGACACGGACGAGGAGCCCUCGGCCCUUUCGGACGAUUGGUGGACCCUCUACACCGACGGCUCCUCCGCCGUCAAGGCAUGUGGAGGAGGGGUGGUUCUCAUCUCACCCGAAGGCUUCCGGGCCUAUUAUGCAGUCCGCUUCUCCUUCAAAGUCUCUAACAAUGAAGCUGAAUACGAGGCCCUCCUCCGUGGCCUUCGGCUGGCAGCUAACAUGAAGGCCCGACAGGUCCACGUCAAAUGCGACUCGAAGCUAGUUGUCGGCCAAAUUUCCGGGGGAGUACGAAGCCAAGGAAGGGAGAAUGAAGCAAUACAAGGAGGCGGCAAAGGAGUUGCUUAAGGUAUUUGAGGCACACACUCUUACUCAAAUACCGAGGGCUCAGAACUUCGAGGCCGACAUUUUAUCCAAGCUCUCGGCCGAAUCCCCUGAGCACAUCUCAAAGAUUGCCAAAGUAGAAGAGCUUAGCCUCUCUAGCAUACAUGCUAGCCCCGUCAUGAACAUACAACAAAGACAGGAUAACUGGAUCUCAGACAUUGUCGCCUUCAUCACCACAGGUCAGCUGCCCGAGGAUGAGGCCCGCGCCAAGCUAGCAAAGCUGAGGGCUCCCAGCUACGUUAUCGAAGACGGGAGGCUUUACAAAAGGUCCUACAACGGAACAUUACUUCGGUGCCUUCAUCAAGAUGAAGCCGAAGUGGCGAUGGAGUAAGUGCACAGUGGCACUUGUUCAGCUCACCAGGGACCCUUCUCCAUAUCCCGAAGGCUAAUAAUCCAGGGCUACUUCUGGCCUACGAUGGCCCGGGAUUGUGCAGAUCUCUCCCAAAGGUGUUCCGCAUGCCAACACUUCCAGAAAGCCCCCGGCAGGCCGGUGGUCAACUAUACCCCCAUCAGCACAUCCAUACCCUUCGCUCGAUGGGGCAUAGAUCGUGUGGGCCCUCUGCCGAGGGGUACCUCCAACAACAGGUACAUCAUCGUCGCCAUCGAUUACUUCACCAAAUGGGUAGAAGCUGAGCCCCUCGCCAGCAUUACUGAGGCCAGGUGCCGUCAUUUUGUUCUCAAAAACAUCCUCACAAGGUUUGGCGUCCCCCAGCAAAUCAUCUCCGACGACGGGACUCAGUUCGAGGCAGCCCUCUUCUGUGCCCUCCUAGAGGCAUGGGGCAUCAAACACACCUUCUCAUCCGUUGCCUACCCUCAGGGCAACGGUCAAGUGGAGAACGCCAACAGGACCUUGCUCGAAGGCCUAAAGAAGAAACUGGAGGCCGAGGGGGGUGGCUGGGUAGAAGAGCUCCACAACAUCUUAUGGGCCUAUCGUACCACCCCUCGGCGGGCAACUGGCGAGACACCCUUCUCCCUGUGCUACGGAUUUGAAGCUAAGGCCCCCACUGAGGUAACUCUUCCAACCCGAAGGGUCACACAGUAUGAUCCAGAGGCCAACGACGCCAAUAUGGCCCUCGACCUCCACCUUAUUUCAGAACACCGAGAGCAAGCCUUCAUACGCGCAGAAAACUACCGAAGGCAAGUGAAGAGUUACAUUGACGCCAAGGUCCGCUUCCAGGAAUUCCAAGUGGGGGAUUAUGUCCUCCAAAGAAGGGAAGCCAGCCAACCGACCGAGGGCGGGAAGAUGGCACCAAAGUUCGAGGGCCCCUACAUCGUGGCAGUCAUCAUCAAACCGGGAACUUACAAACUAAAACGCCCCAAUGGGACUGCCUAGACAUUGGAAUGUACAUCACUUAGUUAAAUUUUAUCAAUAACAUCAGAGCGACCAAGCCCUCAUAACUAGUGAAUGUAUUAUUUUGCGGCUCAAGGCCUAGAAAUUUUGAAGAAUGAAGGCAUAUUGAAGACACCAAGAACAUGGAACAAGACUCUUAUGAGCGGCCAAGCCCUCAUAUCGACCCCUACAAGGAAGAACCCUCGGCACCAAGUGCCGAGGGUAUACUAUACUGCCAUCCACAGCGUGAAAAAGAACACCAAGUGUUCCUACAGAAGAUCCCUCGGCACCCAGUGCCGGGGGGGUGCACCACUGUCAACUUUCAACAAACGGAAGAAAACACCAAGUGUUUUCACAGAAGACCCCUCGGUACCAAGUACCGAGGGUAGACAACAUGAUCACCUACGACAAAUAAAAACACCAAGUAUUUCCACAGAAGACCCCUCGAUACCAAGUGUCGGGGGCCGUACAUCGGAACAAACACCAAGUGUUGUUUCUAAAGCCGUACCCCUCGAGGACGCCUAUACCGAAGGCGCCACCUAUCGGUGCCGGUAGCACGUAGUGCCCCCGGCCAUUUGCAACCAGUGUGCAAAUGAAAACCCUUCCCUGAAACGCUUUCCGCGUCACUACCCCAAGGGUAUGACAAGCACGAAAUAUGCCCAGGAUUCGACUUUCAAAAACGGAACGCUUUCCGCGCCAUUUCCCCAAGGGAUUGGCAGGCAUCUAAAAUGCCCAGGAUUCGACUUCCAAAUCGAAACGCUCCCCGCACCACUUCCCCAAGGGUGUGGCAGGCCACGGACUAUGUCUAGCGCCGAGGGGACGACUUUCAAAACUGAGGCGCUUUCCGUGCCAUCCCCCAAGGGGAGGCAGGCUACAGACCACCAUAUCUUGUACCCAGGAAAUGACCCUCGAUCCCCUCGGAACUCGGAAGGUUAACCCGAGGGGGGAGCUAAUGGUGUAUUCUGUUACCUCCCGAUAGGCCAAGCCUUACCAAGAAACCAACUUUCUUGAAGCCUUCCCUUCACUACCAAAAAAAAUGGGGUGGUGAAGGGGAGUAGACUCAGCGAGAAAUCAAUGAGUACACCAUUCCAACAAAUUCACGAGGACAUACCGAGGGCUCCCCAUGGGAACGCCUUCGGUACCUGGAAGCUCAUAAGUACCAAAGAUACCAUUCACAACAGACAUCAUCAACAAAUGGCUAAGUCCACUCCAUGAUUGCCUCCGGCUAUAUCAAAAUCGAAGGCUCAAAUCCUACGAAACAUGACAGGCUCACCCAACAACAACUCAAAACGUUGGUGAAGGCUACUAUAUGACAAAACUAUCAGAUGUUGGCCAAAUCAAAGCAAGAAUCACCUUCGGCACCUCACUAGAAGACGAGGGGACACACCCAGACAAGGCCCGAGGGAGUCUGUCUUUUCAUGCUGGACUUGGAUUACAAACUUUCCUAAGUCAAACUGUGGGGACAUAACAAUAGCCGAAGGCUUUUUGUUGCCGCAGGCCAACAUUGCAAGACAAAGGAAACUAUCCUAAACCUGCAAAGUAUACAGCCGAAGGGUCCUCGCCCGAAGGCCAGCAACAUGAAAUACUUAGAAAAAUUUCCUAAGUCCUAAGUACUUUGCCUUCUGACGAGUCGCCAUUCAAACGAGGGUACACCUACGACAAAGCUCUCACAUUUCACCCGAAGGCUCCUACCUCAUACAACUACACUUAGAAAUAUUUUCUAAGUCCUAAAUAUUUUUGACCCUUGGUCAAAUCUCCAUGCAGCCAGAGGGGCCAUACGGUUGACGACUUGGUGAAGCUACACUUAGAAGAAUUUUCUAAGUCUUAAAUAUUUUGAGACCUCGGUUAUAUACCCACGCAGCGAAGGGUACCCACGUACCGAAGGCUAGACAGUAACCAAACACUUAGAAAAAUUUUCUAAGUCCUAAGCACCUUGCCUCCGGUUAUCUCAUGAAGGCUACACAGAACCAGAGGGAAGGAAUUAGCCGGAGGACAACAGAUGAACAACACAUAGAAAAGAUUUCUAAGUCCUGAACGUUGGGCCCUCGGUGAAAUGUUCAGAUAACUAAAUAGGCCUAGUAGCCGAGGGCUACAGGGGACACUGUACUUAGAGAGAUAUUUUCUAAGUCCUAACAUGCAUUCACCCAAAGAGAAAAAACGAAGGCAUACAUAAAAAAAACGAAGGCAUACAUCCAAAAGAAAUACAUUCAACGGAAAACAAAUUCAUAUACGAGAAGGGGCCCGAGGGCAAACAUACAUUCAUACAUUCAUCAAAGACAAGAAAUACCAAGUGUAAUUGUUACAAAGGCCGAAGCCGAAAGCAUGGGAAUGUUCGGGUACAAAUUGUACAAAAAUUAUCUAAGAACAAGUCUCCUUAGGAACUUCAGCAGCAUUGCCCCCGGAAGCAUCCUCUGCAGCAGGCUUCGAAGAGACCUCUACUCCGGCCUCCACGAUGUCACCCUCUACUUCCUUCAUCAACUCAGAAUCCUCCAGGUCGGGCCGCUUAACGCCUGAGGGGAGGGGUUCACGAACAUCCGGUUGUAAGGGAGGAAGACCGUAUGCCGAGGGAUCGAAAUCUUUCAGCUCAAUAUUCAGGUGUCGGGCCAUCCUUCGGUAGAUGAGGGCCUGAGUAAAAAACUCGCCCCCAUCAAAAUAUUCCUUGCCCUUUCGGGCCAUCCAUUCCUCACCCGGGCCCUCGCACCAUUCGUCAACAGAGGCCUCCACAACCGAGGACAACCACUUCUCGUGUCCCUCAGCCUUCCACCCCUCGUCCAGAAACCUGGAGAUGGCUUCCUCCCGAGCUGCGACAAUAGCCUCCGCUCUGACGGCCUCGGCCUCCUCGGCGGCUUUCUUUGCGGCCUCCGCGGCAGCCUCCUCAGCUUUGGCUUUCUCCUCCCUGAGCCUUCUGGCCUCUGCUCUCGCAAGCUGGAGUUCCUCUUGGAGCUGGGCCAUCAGCUUCGUGGCCUUGGAGUCCUUAUGAAUGAGCUCUUCAUCUUUGCAUCUUGCCCGGCUUUGUGGAGACGCCAUUCCUCCAACCGUCGGGCCUGUUUGCCGAGGGCAAAGCAAGCCUGCAAAUCAACAACGCAAAAUGUCAGGGCAACCACGCAAGAUAAUCUAAGGAAGGAGGGAAGAAACCAUGAAGGAACUCACAGUUAAGGAAGAUUGGAGGAUCUGGUCCUCUAGCGCCACGUCAUCUAAAGCUCCAAAGGUGGCCCCAUCUGUUUCAGGGGUCAUGCCCCUCAGGAGCACCCUCGGGUCGACCGUGCACUUGGUCACGGCUGUUCCCCUCGGGAGGGAAACCUGCAGGACCUCCGGGGGCAUCUCCUCCGCCCCCGCCGGCUUUCCAGCCGUCGGCACAUCCACGACCAGCCCGAAGGUGGAAUGCUCAUCCACAAUCACGAUCGGGGGGUCCUUCUUCGUGGCGUCCCCCUUCUUCGACCUCUUGGCAGCCGGGGGGGAUUCCUUGGCCGUCGUUUUCCUCUUCGCGGCCGCAACAUCGCCCUCGGGCUUCUUGAAAAACGCACCAACGGGCUUCUGGCCGCCCGCAUCCGACCCUUUCGGAUCCUUGGCCGACUUAUUCUUAAAUCGAGCAAGGCCUUUCACGUUCAUCUUCGAAACAGGGAUACCUGCAAAAUAGUGAAGGGUUAGGCCGACGGGUCAACAACCAUGGAGCAAUAACAUCAAAGGUAAAAAAAAGAAAAAAAAAAUACUAAGUACAAGACUGAGGGCCCUCGGUGACUACCUCCUGCUCCCCCGAAGGCUUCAUCGAAAAGGGGAUACUUCUCAUCCAUUUCCCCGAUGAAGCGAUAUCUCCAGAAGCCGAGGGCGAAGAGUUCCUUGUCAGCAGUAUAGUCUUUAAUGGACACUUGCUUCGUACGACCCUCCGGGAUCUUGGCUAUUAUCAAGCCAUCCUUCUCCAGAGCAGCGUUUCCAACCUUCGGAUGUCGACGGAAGCGAUCCCGAAGUUCCAUCGGAAAUGGGCUCUCGACAAUUCUGACAUAGCACCACCGCUCCUUCCAGCCUUUGUUGGACGAAGGCGCCUCUGUAAAUAGCUUCCACCUGGCUAUCUGAUGCAGGUUGGCGAAGCCCUCGGCAUUCGCGUGACCCCCUCGACAGAGGUUGAAGCUCUAGAAAAACAAGUCCAGGCUGGGGGUCACCCCUCGGGCCCGACAGAGGUUCAAAAAGCCCGCCACGUAGGAGUGGCUAUUGGGCGUCAAUUGGCAGGGGACCAAACCCACGUACCGAAGGUAUUCCCGAAGGAAUGGGUGUAGAGGGAACCGGAGCCCCAUCGAUACCGACAGGAUGUGCACGGCAAUGCAGCCCUCGGGAGCCCGGGACAGCACAUCAUCAACUCCCGGCUCGAACACAACGGCCGAAGGCCCUACGUGCAGCUGCGUGACGUAGAAAUCCGCCUUGUCCGCCUUCGACUUUAUCUCGAGGGCCUCGGUGUUCAGCCAAGAAUACCCCUCGGGCAUGUCAACGGGCUUCCCUUGGUCGGUGGCCCUGACCUUCUUCUUAGUAGCAGCUUUUGCCUUCUUCUCCUUCGAUCCGGGGGCUACUCUCAAGGGCGUCGGGUUCAGCGGCCUCGAGCUGCUUGCUUCACCAGAACCACGGGGGGAAGGACAGCCACUGUCACCCUCAUCCUCUCCUUCUCUUCCUCCUCCUCUGCAACUUGUACGGCGAGGGCGGGCUCUUCAUCCUCCGCCUCUUGCUCAAAGUCCUCGGCUUCAACUUCAGCCACUAACUCUUUCUGCAUCUCAACGGCGAGGGCGACGUCACCACCGGCCGAAGGCUGCUCACUCAGGGACUCCGCGUCGGAGAAGACUUCCUCUUCAACCGAGGGCUCCCCCGAUAUGUCUUGGGAAUCACUAGCGGAUGACAUUUUUUUUAUAGGCUAAUGAAAGCGGAAGUUCUAAGGUCCGAGGGCACCCUAAGAAACUCUAGACACUUAAGUCUAAGGCCGCAGGAGCAAAACUCGCCAAGUAAACGGAGAAUAGAAGAGGGACUGACCUUGAAAGCUGGGGAUUCAACCGAAGGCUGGAGUUUCUCUCUCUAGAAAUUUUGGCAGGGCUUCGCUAACAAUAUGAUCGCACAAGAGGAAUGAUGCCCGGCCACGGGGUAUUUAUAGGCGCCCAGAUCCGGGCUUGGGCCCAAAAACCGGGCCUCCGGUCACAAGAUCAUCAUUACGAGCCGUGGUUUCGCCCAAUCGGUAACACUGCCCGCGGGCAGCCAACCGCCGCGCGCCACGUGUGCCCCCUUAAUGGCUAUAUUUUGACGUUAGGUAUUCCAACGGCUAUAUUUACCACGGCCAUAUUCUGGGAGCUCCCGGCUAUAUUCAGCAGACCACUCCUUCACCAACCAAGAAACUAGCCCCCGGGCUUUCUACUUCACUCCACUUCAUCAAGAGGAGCCCCCGGGUGCACUUACCCAGAGAUGCUCCCGGUUUAUGCCCCUCAUACUACAUAACAAAUGCCUUCGGGCUCACUCCUUCAGAAGCCCACGACUUCGUAACUGGCAGACCCCUCGGGGGUUCCCCCUCAACACCUUGAGGACCAGAUAGCCCCCGGGGAGUACACCUCAUUGACGGAUAGCCUACCGCACACAGGUAACGGCAACCCUCGGAUACCCUCCUCACCAACUGAUCAACAAACAGGGGACCCCCCGGAUAACACUUCAACUACUACUCACAUUCAUCACGCCCUCGAUCCCCAGAUUGAGGGACUCCCCCUCAGCACCUCCCAGGAUAUCAAAAGCAAGCCUCCGGCUAAUCAACACACUCGCCCUCAGAACAAGGAUAGCCUUCGGCAUCAGCAUUGUACUCCAUUUCAAACCAGGGCUUCACAUUUUCGAUUCAUCGUUGGGGGAAUUCGGUGCACUCUUUUUCCCUCAUUAGGAUUUUUUCCCACAGGGUUUUUCAUAAUGAGGUUUUUAACGAGGCAUCCCCCCAAAAUGAAACGAAAAGCGUCACCCCUCGGUUUCAUAUUGCAGGCAGGCACUACUCUACUCCUUUUCACCACUUUGCAAGUGCCUCAAGGAGUGGAGGACUGGAGGACCCCUCCGGGAAAAAUCUCUCAAAAUACAAAAAAUGUCAAAAAACUCCCACAACAAACGAGCAUGAUCCCUCAAGUCCCGGAAUGUGGGUAACUGAGGGACUGCCCUCGGCUGAAACAGGCACACAACAAACUACUCACAAGCUCCAAAAACUACAACGGAACAACACCAAAAGGUCAAACACAGAUUACUCCUUUUCCCUCAAGUACCUUUCGGCAAAAGGAGUGAGGGACUCCUGAUGGAGUAUAUGGCCCAGGAACCCCCGGCCCAUAGACUCCUACUAUUCUAAUGGAGGCCCAAUAGGCCCAGGAAGCACAGCAGGCCCAAAUCACGGCGCCCCAAGUACUAAGCAACCCACGUGGCGCACUAGGGGUGCCUUCGGCCCCCUGGCCGAAGGCUCCAAUUCUCACAGGAUGGCCAAAUCAGGAAAACGAAGUUACUGGGAGAAAACGGCGAAAAUCAGUAGCCCUCGGCACUUAGAGCCCUCGGCACUAAGGAGGUCCCCGGUACUCAGAGCCCUCGGCUAAUCAUCUACAGCCGAGGGCACCUUUUCCGACAUAAUAUCCGCUCCACAUGCGCAUGGAUCACCGUACCAAGUACGACGUCACAUCCAACAGCCGCAUUAAAUGCGGCCACAUGCGAUUGCCAACGCCAACCAGUUGAGGUGACCCCUCGGCCAAUGGAUGCUUGACACGUGUCCGUGUCUGACAUUUAUUGCUACUAUAAAUAGCACCCCAUUUCCCCGUUGUAAACCACACUCAAAAGCCUUAACUUACAUAUUCAAUACACUUUCUCUCUCUUACUUGCUCUGACUUCUCUCUAGCUAUUCCCCGUAAUAACCCCUCGGAUAGAUACCCCCCGGGUACACUUAUCCAUCACGGCUCAUCUAGAAGAUACUAGUGAAUAAUAAAAUGUACAAUAAUAUAAAUGAUGUCCCCUAUGUGUAUGUCAGCCGUUGUCCAGGCCCAGUAGUCGUGAGACCAGGGGUCCGAGUUUAUAUACUCUAUCAUAUAUAAUACGUAGUAUGAACUAUGAACUAUUAAUGAAUUCCACCUCAUGAAGUCGUGAGAAGAGAGGUAUCCGGUAUAUAUACAAAGGAUUGUCCACUAUAAUAUUGGUAUAUAUGGAAAGCUAAUAUAUGGAAGCUAAAAUAUAUGAAAGGUAGAAUAUAUAGUUACCUAAAAAGACUUUAAUUGUAUAGUUAAUAAUAAUAUGACUAAAACAUAUAUGGUCAUCUGUGAUACUUAAAUAUAACAACAACAACAACAUCCAAGCAUUAAUUCCAAAGAAUUUGUGGUCGGUUAACAUGAAUUGAUCUAUGAUAUCGAUGUCAAACAGAGAAGAUAUACAAGAAGGGGAAAACGUAAGAUAAAAAGGAUAAAAUAGAGAUAAAUAAAUAUAAGAUAACAGUUGUAAUACUUAAAUGUUUAAUAUUAUUUAAAAAGCUCAUUCAAACUCACAACUCUCUCGAAAAAAUAAAGAGAAUUACUCAGCUCGACUUGACAUCACAUCUACUCUCAUUAAAUUGAAUUUGAACUUCUAUAGGACUUUUUCUAAUGAAAAAUUAAAAUGUUGUGGAAAAUAGUAUAUUGCAACUAUUGGGAUCAAAGAAGACAAGAAGUUUAGUUUCUCCUAUAUGAAUACAAGCAAAUUAAUUCAAACUAUGAGAGAGCUCUGAUUUCAUUCCAUUUAACGUCUAACACGUAUUCCUCAGGUUGAUAAUGGAUUGACUGAGCUGGAAUGUGUUGGAGAGCUUGAUGUUGUUGUGACCUAUGUGAAGUUACACCGGAAUCACUAGGAUUGCCCGUUAUCAUCAGACCAGAACUAGGUUCCAACUAAUGGAUUGAAUAUAUGAGUGUACUUGAAGUGUCAACCUCAGGACUACCACUCCAUCCUUGGUCAACGUCUAUGAAAGAUGAGCCUAGGAGCGUUCUAUCUGGCGCGACCAAGCCAAAGGUUAUGGGCUUAACAUUGUGGGUUUGGGUUGAGAGGAGGAAUGUGGCUAUUGAUUGUUUGAGGAGUAGGGGUUGGUUUGGCUGAGGUUGUGGUUGGCUAGAAGAAGCACCAUGCUCAUGUAUCUGCCGCCUCUUGUUCUCCCCCUCAUGAGAACCCGAAUCGUCGUGGUCCUCAUGCGAACGUUUGUUGGCGCAGAGGCUAUCAUGACAUGUGCUUUGGGUAUUGAGGAAAUGAAUAUGAGUUAGCUGUUCAGAGUUAAGGGUCUCUUCUUCGAUUAAUAGUCUGGCUAGCAUGAUGCAGUGAUGCUGGUUAGGUCAGCGAUUGGAAUGAUAUAAGGGUUAGGAUAUGGUGUGGUCGAGGUAAGGGAGGACACUAGUUCAGUAUCCUAGGUUCCCCGGGAAGUGGUAUGUGUUUGGGGUUUGGUGGUAGAUGGUUCAGAGGUGGGUAGGGAUAUAGUAGGGGUUGAUUGUGGUUAGGGUUGGGUUUGAUCAUUUUGAACCGUUGAGGUUUGUCUUGAGUUCUGUGCUCUUGCGAUUAUUACAGAGUGCAGACGUGGCAUUAUGGUGGACUCAAGAUAACGAUUCUGAAAGUCAGUAAGAGCUAUGUGAUAAGUCCAUUUUUGUACUUAAUUUUCUCAUCAUAUUUGAGCGAUUUUCAGAUAGAAAAUAGAAAAACAAGGCAUGUUUUAGAUAUUUUGGUUCAAGUUUCAUGAAAUCAGGUGAAAACCGCAUUCAUAAUAUGUUUGGCGAAAUUUCGGGUCAAUUGCGUGAAGAAAGUGACAUUUUUUCCCAACAAAUGAGUUGCUACGGAAGUUUGAAAGAUAUGUUGACCAAUUUUUCAAAAAGAAGAGUCCACGAGAUGAAAAAAUCAUGAAAAGAAGUUCAAAACCAAGAAGAAGUCGCCUAUAUGGCCACUUUUGAUGAAAAUGGACGAUGUAUAGAGACACAUGUUCGUAUUUUGAUCAUAACUUUGCGCAUGAUUGCUCAACGUUUGUGACACGAGUGGCAUUACAUUUACAUCUUCUUGCUCUACAACUCUUAUGAAGAACACAGAACCAAAUAACAAUCGUAGAAUGGACUUAUGGCUCAAAGAAGUCAGACAUUUGCAGUUGCGAUGGAAAGUGACACAUGCUCACCGUUUUGGUCAUAUCUCAUAAACUACAAAUUCAAUGAAUGUAUUUCAAAAACCAGUAGUUAGCCAAGAAAGAUAUAUACAACUUUGGUGAAGACAACCUUUCCAUUUGACGUGAGGCGGUCGAUAAGGCGGCCGCCUUUCUAGGCGUCUACGAGUUUUUGACAGUUUCAGCACACAGGGCUUUGCAUGGCGACAAAAUAAUGGUAGGCUGCCGACAAGGGACGGAAGGCGGCCGCCCUCCGUGGACGCCUGCGGCGUGAUGUGACUUUUAGCUGCCGGUCGCUGAGACAAGACGGGGGGCGGCCAAAUAGGCGGCCGCCCUCCACGGGCGCCUGCGACGGAUUUGACGCGUGCACGCAACUUUGUCGGUGAUUUGAUGGAAGGCUGCCGACCAUGGGCAGAGGGCGGCCGCCCUUCUGGCCGCCUUCCACAAAACUCCAGCUAUAAAACCUCUCUUCCAUCCCCAACUCAAAACACACCAUCUCACACCCAACUCAGAUAAAAAAUGGUGUCUUCUUCCACCUCAAAGCUCGGAUUUCCACCAUUGUUGGACCUUCAACUUCAAUCUUUCAUAUCUUUCUCAUUUUAGCUCCAAUUUGAAAUUUCUUUAUAUGAAAAUUCAUCUUCUCGUCGUGUAGAUUCUGAAUAUGUUGUUUUUAUUUCCCAAAUAUUUGUUAACAAUUCUCUGAGUUAAUUUUAAGAAUUUCGUGUUUUCCAUUUUUAUUCAAGAAAAGUAGUUCUUGUUGUUAUAUUAAUCUCCUACUUAGAUAACCUCAAUACCUAGUAUAAAUGGUGAUAAUUUUUGAAAGAAAAUAAAUUUUAGAUGUGAGAGUAUUCACUUUAAUAUUUUCUUUUGUUGUUAUUAUUUAUGAUAAUGUCUUAUUUUAUAUGUAAAGUGUUAAAACUAGUAAUGAGUUGUUGUAGUUAAUUUACUCUUGGGCAUGAGUUGAAUUAAAGAAUAUGGGUUGACCUUGUUUGACUGAAAAUUAGGAGUUUAACUAAUUUUAUGGACUAGUUGUUUAAAAUGAUUAAUUUGAUUACUUAAUAGAAUUGGUCAUUUCAUUAAUUAAACUUUGGAAGAUUAUUUAUAACUUGUCUAUGAGAUUAUAAAUAGUUUAAGCCAAACAUAUUGAGCACAUUAAUGAAGCCUAGAGAUAGGAUAAAUUAAUGGAUAGAAUUUAAUCUUUGUCUAUGAGGAAGAAAUUCAAUUGUUUAAUAUGAGAAAUUUAAUUAAUUAGUGAAGUUGACCAUUUUGUUAGCUAAAAUGCGGAAAGUUAUAUCUAUCUUGUCCAUGAGAUUAGAAUAUAAUUUAGGUCAACCAUUUUAAACACAUUAAUGAAACCUAGAAAUAGGAUAAAUUAGUGAAGGUAACUUAAAUCUUGUCAAUGAGAAAAGAAAUUACCAGUCCAAUCUUUAGUUAUAAAUACUCAUAAUUAUUAGGUCCAAGAUAAAAGGAUGCACCCAUAUUUUAUAAUUCAAUUCAUUGUCCUUCUUUGAUCAAUCCAUUUAGAGUUUAAUAUUUUAUUUUUCAUUUAGUAUAUUUUUGAGCCAUCAUUAGUAUUUGCAUUAUUUAAUUUACUUUCUUUUUCAAAAAACUAGUUUACAAAAUCAAUCAAAAGUUUUAAUUUGGAAAGCUUCCAAUAAUUCGCGAUAACCUGUGACUGGACUUAAAAUCAAGAAACUCCUCCGACAUUCCUCAAGAGACACGAUACUCAAGGAAAACCGAAAGGUUAGACUCCGUUUUACUACAACGUCGCGAAAGCGGUCAUCAAAUGGCGCCGUUGCCGGGGAAUGGCACGGUGAAUUCUUGGUUUUGAUUUUAGCAUGGGCGAAUUCAAGUUAGGGAGACUUUCUAUUUCUUUUUUGUUUUGAUCUCACGUGUUUGCUUGAGAUUUUCUCAUGGAUUACUCAAGCGAACACUUUCAUUCUCAUGGAUUGUAGCUCUCAUUCCUAAGACUACUCAUUCUCCAUCCGUUUCUGACUUUAGACCCAUUUCUUGUACCAAUGUGACCUAUAAGAUCAUAACCAAGAUUCUAGCAUCUAGACUGGGACCAUGUCUUUCUAGUGUAGUCCAUCCAUCACAGGGUGCUUUUGUUGAUGGGAGACUAAUGACUGAUAACAUUUUUCUUGCACAAGAACUUGUGAGGGGAUAUGCUAGAAAGAGGGUUUCUCCUAGAUGCAUGAUUAAGGUUGAUAUUAGGAAAGCAUAUGAUACUAUUUCUUGGACUUUCCUUGAAAAGGUCUUAAGGGGAAUUGGGUUGCCUAACCUGUUUGUUAAUUGGAUAAUGGAGUGUGUCUCUACCUCUUCUUUUUCAAUAUCUAUAAAUGGCACCUUACAUGGUUGGUUUGAAGGAAAGAGAGGCUUGAGGCAAGGCGACCCCAUGUCCCCUAUGUUGUUUGUUUUAUGUUUGGAAUAUUUUUCCCGGAUGUUAGCUAUUAGGACCUCAAACCCUAGCUUUAACUAUCAUCCUUUAUGUUCCAAACUAAAAAUCUCACAUUUGACUUACGCCGAUGACUUAAUGCUUUUUUCCAAAGGGGAACCCAAGUCUAUUAAGAUUCUAGUUGAUGCUUUAAAUGAUUUUGGAAAGGUUUCGGGUUUAUUGGUCAAUCAAGACAAAUCUAAUAUCUUUGUGGGGGAAAUAUUGAAAACAAACUGCCAUUUAUAUUACAAAUGGUUGACUUUCAACAAGGAUCUUUUCCGGUAAGGUAUAUUGGCAUUCCAUUGGCCCCUUUAAAGAUUUCUGUGGCCCAAUUCUCUCCUUUGAUAGAUACGGUUACAGACUAUUUCAAUGCAUGGAAUACCAAAUCCUUAUCAUAUGCGGGGAAAGUUGAGUUGAUUAAGUCAGUUGUCCAAGGGGUGCAGUCCUUUUGGCUGGGCAUAUUUCCGGUCCCUAAAACAAUUUUGGACAGAAUUGUUAGCCUUUGUAGAAUCUUUCUAUGGGGGGGGGGGGGAACAUGCCAAGGUGGCUUGGGAAGAUGUGUGUCUACCUAAAGAGGAAGGGGGGUUAGGGAUCAAAGAUACUAAGGUUUGUAAUAAUGCAUUAUUAUCUCGUACACUUUGGAAUAUUCAUGCUAAAUAAGAUACCCUUUGGGUAAGAUGGGUAAAUGGGGUUUACCUCCAUGGGAGGGAUGUGUGGACCUUUGUUCCACACAAUAGGGACUCACAGUUGAUGAAAAGAAUUGCACUGAUCCGAGACUCCAUUGUCUCCAAAUAUCUGUCUAUAACCGAGACUAUCACAAACCUUGGAAAGAUGGCUCACAAUGGUAAGCUCUCCUCCUCCAAGGUAUAUGACCUUCUUAGGAUGAAAGGGAAUGCUCAUACAUGGAUGUCUUUCAUUUGGAAGAAUUAUAUCCCUCCUAAAUUUUCUUUCAUAAUGUGGCUAGCCUACCGUAAUAGACUACCUACAUGUGAUAACAUGGUUUAUCUAGAUAUUGUUAAUAUUUGUCCGUUUUGUAAGGGUGGUCCGGAGACGGCACCACACCUAUUUUUUGAAUGUUUUUGCACACGGCAGGUUUGGAAGGAUAUUAAAGCAUGGUUUGGGAUCGCAAGGCAAAUGUCAUCUUUGAGGAGCGCGGUGAAAUGGAUCCAAAGAGAUUGCAAAGGAGCACAUAUUAGAGCAAAGGCUACGAGGAUAGCGUUUAGCUACACAAUCUACUGGAUAUGGAGAACUCGUAAUGCAAUCCGUUUUGAUGGAGCUACUCUAAAGAUGGAUGAAAUGGUUGCACACAUCAAAUAUAUGGUGUACAAAGUGCUAUACUCAUUAUAUCCGUACCAUAUGAUCCCUUUUUGAAUCAUAAACUAGCCUCAUUUUUUGUCAUGAGUUGAUGGCUGUUUUUUGCUAGAUGAUGGACUUUAGAUAUUAAGCCUUGGAUGCUUUGGAUGUAUAGGGUAUCCAUACUUGGAUAUGCCUCCAAUUUUGCUCAUACGAUGUACAUAACUCUGGUUACUAUCUAUGUAUUUACAUUUUCCCCAAAAAAAAAUAAUGA